UUUUGCCUUGCAUGCUCGUUCCGGAAAGGCUGCAGGUUAACUGUUUGUGACAGUAUCGUGUGGCUGGUCACCAUGGGGUUGACCAAGCAGUACCUGAGGUAUGCUGCCAGCGCUGUGUUUGGAGUCAUUGGGAGCCAGAAAGCCAACAUUGCCUAUGUCACCCUGAGAGGAGGAGAGAAGGGACGCUAUGUUGCUGUAGCUGCCUGUGAACAUGUGUUUAUAUGGGAUGUCCGCAAGGCAGAGAAGGUCCUGAUUCUCCAGGGAAACAAACAGGAGGUGACUUACCUCUGCCCAUCUCCUGAUGGCGUCCACAUCGCUGUGGGUUAUGAAGACGGUGCCGUCCGCAUCUUCAGCCUUUUGAGUGGCGAGAGCAAUGUUUCCUUCAGUGGUCACAAGUCUGCGGUCACGGUCAUCAGAUAUGAUGCACUUGGAGCGAGGCUUGUGACAGGAUCGAGGGACACAGAUGUCAUUGUGUGGGAUGUGAUCAAUGAGUGUGGUCUUUACCGGCUGAAAGGACACAAAGAUGCCAUCACACAGGCGCUGUUUCUCAAGGGCAAGAAUCUCCUAGUUACCAGCUCUAAGGACACUUUUGUAAAAUGGUGGGACCUGGACACACAGCACUGUUUUAAAACCAUGGUUGGACAUCGCAGUGAGGUGUGGGGAAUGGUGUUGCUGAACCAGGAGAGGAAGCUACUCACAGGCUCAGCUGACAGUGAGCUAAGGGCGUGGAACAUUGAUUACCUGGAGGAGGGGAAGGAGGUUGGAGAGCCCAGGAUAAAGAAGGUCAAAGGUCUGCUGGAUGAGGAUGAUGAGGUGGAGGAAGGUCUGGACGAGGGGCCUGAGGAGAGGAUCCUGAGCUGUGAGAAAGCUGGCUCUAUUCUUAGAGAAUCCAGGGACAGGGUCGUUUCCAUGACAACUGACACCAGAGCCAAGGUCUUGGCAUGUCAUGGUACAGAUGCAGUCCUGGAGGUGUUCACUAUAUUCCCUGAAGAGGAAGUUCAGAGGAGGAUGGAGAGGAAGUUGAAGAAGGCCAAGAAAAAGGCCAAGUCAAAAGGUGGGGAGGAGGAUGGCAUAGAGCCCGUGGUGGAGCGGAAGUUGGAAGAUGAGAUCCAGAGGCUUGUUAACAUCAAGGCCUCCUCCAAGAUCAGGUCGGUUGACUGCCUUCUGUCUCCAAGUGGGGAGAUGAAGGUGGCUCUUCUUCUUCAGAACAACACAGUGGAGACAUACACCUUAAAGACCACAGAGACCAACCCUCAGGGCACAAAGACCGCCCGCCUAACCCUGAGCGGGCACCGCACGGACGUGCGCACGCUGGCCUUCAGCUCCGACAACAUCGCCGUGCUGUCCGCCUCCGCUGAGACUGUCAAAGUGUGGAACAGGUCUACACUGCAGGUCAUCCGUACCAUGGCUUGUGAGUAUGCACUCUGCUCCCUCUUCGUACCUGGAGACAGACAAAUCAUCAUAGGAACCAAGAGUGGCAAGAUCCAGAUCUUUGACCUGGCCUCGGGAAGCCUGCUGGAAACCACGGAUGCCCAUGACGGAGCAAUGUGGUCCAUCUGCCUCUCUCCUGACCAGAGGGGCAUUGUGACGGGCGGUGCUGACAAGACCGUAAAGUUCUGGGAGUUUGAGCUGGUCAAGGACCAAGAGUCUGGACAGAACAAGAGGCUGACAGUGAAACACACGCGCACCCUGCAGCUGGACGAGGACGUGCUGUGUGUGCGCUACAGCCCUGACCAGAGGCUGCUCGCCGUGUCCCUUCUGGACUGCACUGUCAAGAUCUUCUACACAGACACACUGAAGUUCUUCCUGUCACUUUAUGGACACAAGCUGCCGGUUCUGUGCCUGGAUAUUUCUCAUGACAGCACACUGAUCGCCACGGGCUCUGCAGACAGAAAUGUGAAGAUCUGGGGUCUGGACUUCGGAGACUGUCACCGAUCUAUGUUCGCCCACGACGACAGCGUCAUGUUCCUGCAGUUUGUACCCAAAACCCACCUGUUCUUUACGGCCGGAAAAGACAAGAAAAUCAAACAGUGGGACGCUGACAAGUUUGAGCACAUCCAGACCCUGGAGGGUCACCACCGCGAGGUGUGGUGUCUGUCAAUCAGCCCCAAUGGGGACUACAUCGUCUCUUCAUCCCAUGACAAGUCCUUGCGUCUGUGGGAGAGAACAAGGGAGCCCAUCAUCCUGGAGGAGGAGAAGGAGAUGGAAAGAGAAGCAGAGUUCGAAGAGAGUCUGGCCAAAGGAGAGGAGCCAGUGGUUCCUGGAGAGACCAAAGGAGAGGCAGGACCAGCGGGGAAGAAAACCAUAGAGACAGUUAAAGCUGCGGAGCGUAUCAUGGAGGCCCUGGAGCUGUACAGAGAGGAGAGUAAGAAGCUGGAGGAGCACAGACUAGCCUGCGAGACAGCAGGGAAACAGCUCCCUCCUCCUAAGAUGAAUCCUAUCCUUGUUGCCUUUGGAAACGUUUCGCCCUCUCGCUAUGUGCUGGACGUUAUCAAGAAAGUUAAAUCCAGUGAACUGGAGGUGUCUCUCUUGGUCCUGCCCUUCCCCUAUAUUCCCGACCUGCUCUCCCUCUUCAACCACUUCAUCCAGGAAGGCUGGGAGGUGGAGCUGGUCUGCCGAUGCCUUUUCUUUUUGCUCCGGGUCCACUUUGGACAGAUCUCCAGUAAUCAGAUGUUGCUGCCUGUCAUCGACAGCCUGAGGAGCAACACCAUCUCCAAAGUGCAGGAGAUUAGGGAUGUUCUUGGGUUCAACAGUGCAGGCUUACAGUUUCUACAGCGUGAGAUCGAGAGCAAGGAGGAUGUGAUGUUCUUCACUGAUGCCACUGACCGCUUUGAAGAAAAGAAGAGGAAAAGGAAGAAGAAGGAACGAGCAAUUCUCACCAUCUCUUGAAAGCUUCACCCAUCUGAACUUGUCAUGGCCUGUAACAUGACUUCCUCAGGCUCCGCACCCAGCUCGGGGCAAAAGUGUUAUUCAGUUGAUGAAAUGAAUGUCAGGUAAAAAGGACUCAUCUAUUCAUAAUAUACCUGUUGAAGAUGACUGCAGAGUCCACACUCUUCACAGGGUGAAUCUCUUAUUAAAUCUUAAAUGUCAACUGACUUUACAG